UUUUUUGGUUUUUAUUCCUUUUUUGCCGCCGCCGUGUGCCGGCGCGGGGCUGGCUUCUCCUUUUGAGCGUCUCCAUCCCCCGGCGGAGGUUAUGAUGGUGCAUUGUGCGGGCUGCGAGAGGCCCAUUUUGGACCGCUUCCUGCUGAACGUCUUGGACAGGGCAUGGCACAUCAAAUGCGUCCAGUGCUGCGAGUGCAAGUGCAACCUCACCGAGAAAUGCUUCUCCAGGGAAGGGAAACUCUACUGCAAAAAUGACUUUUUCAGGAGGUUUGGUACCAAAUGCGCCGGCUGCUCCCAAGGGAUCUCUCCCAGCGACCUCGUCCGGAAAGCCCGGAAUAAAGUGUUCCACCUGAACUGUUUCACCUGCAUGGUGUGCAACAAGCAGCUCUCCACGGGCGAGGAACUCUAUAUCAUCGACGAGAACAAAUUUGUUUGCAAAGAGGAUUAUUUGAACUCUCCCAGUUUGAAGGAAGGCAGCCUCAACUCAGCACCCGGGGCCGGAUCCUGCCACGCCAGUCAGUGGGGCCGCUGCUGUGAGCGAGUGUCCUCAUGUACAGACAGGAGUUUGUCCCCGGAUCUCCAGGACCCCAUGCAGGACGACACCAAGGAAACGGACAACUCGACCUCGUCGGACAAGGAGACCACCAACAACGAGAACGAGGAGCAGAACUCGGGCACCAAGCGGAGGGGGCCCCGCACCACCAUUAAAGCCAAGCAGCUGGAGACCCUCAAAGCCGCCUUCGCCGCCACCCCCAAACCCACCCGCCACAUCCGGGAGCAGCUGGCCCAGGAGACCGGCCUCAACAUGAGAGUGAUCCAGGUGUGGUUCCAGAACCGUCGGUCCAAGGAGCGGCGGAUGAAGCAGCUGAGCGCGCUGGGCGCCCGCCGGCACGCGUUCUUCCGCAGCCCCCGCAGGAUGCGGCCCCUCGGCGGCCGCCUCGACGAGUCCGAGAUGCUCGGCUCUACGCCCUACACCUACUACGGAGAUUACCAAGGUGACUACUACGGGCCGGGAGGCAACUAUGACUUUUUCCCCCACGGGCCGCCCUCCCAAGCCCAGUCCCCGGCCGACUCCAGCUACCUUCAGAACUCAGGACCCGGCUCCACACCCCUGGGACCCUUGGAGCCCCCCCUAAGCGGACAUCACUCCUCAGAAAACCAAAGGUACACGGAUAUGAUCUCGCACCCCGACACCCCCAGCCCCGAGCCGGGCAUGACGGGCUCGCUGCACCCCAUUCCUGGCGAGGUCUUCAGCGGGGGGCCCAGCCCUCCCUUCUCCAUGUCCAGCAAUAGCGGCUACAGCGGGGCUCUGUCGCACCCCAACCCGGAGCUCAGCGAGGCGGCGGUGUGGUAGGCCCGGCCCGGGCACGCGUGUGCGUGUGUGCAGGGGGCGGAAAAGCCCCCCUGGUCCCCCCAGCCCACGCGUGUCCCCUCCUCGCCCGCAGCAGGGGCUCCCCCGCCGAUGCCCGAGCGCAUCGCGGCAUCUCCGCCCGCCCUCCCCAUCCCGCACCCCGGGAGCUUGGGGCCACCCCGCUACCUCCCCCCUCCCGGCAGCUGCCCCCCGAGGCUUUCUGGGGGGCGGUGAGGGGUGCCCAGCCCUGCAGAGCCCGCCGGAGCCGGCCCAGCGCCUCUCGGACCAAAGCUGAACUCGCCUGGACACGGGUCCCGCACCGGGGGAGGGGCUGCGGCAGGGCUGCCCCUGCUCAUUAGCGUCCUUUUUAAUUAUCCCCCACCACAGCAAGGGGGGAAUGGGGAAUAGCAGGAAUAACCCCCCCGUGGCCCCUCCCUGGCCUCGUUUUUAUUGUUCCCGUUUCACCCCCGAGGGGAAGGUGGGUUUGGAGCCGGAUUUUGGAGCGGUGGGGACGAUGGGGCUGAGCGGGGCCAGGCCCCAGUGGCUGGCUGAGAUUGGGCUCCCACGUGGUGGAACAGACACCAGAAACAGGAAAAAUCCACAACAACAACAACAAAAUAAAACCCCAAACAAACAAUAAACCCCCGAACUAAACCAAGCCAAGCACAGCAGCAGAAAUUUCACCCGAGCCUCGACGCCGAGUCCCGCCCCAACGAUUCCCAGAGGCUCCGCCAAUUUAAGGAUGUAUUAUAGUUUUUGCUUCUAGUUUCUUUAUUUUGUAUAAAGGAGAAACAAAUAAAGUAUGUUUUUGUGUUUACUGAU